CCGUGCCCACCAAAAAGCCGUCGAGUGCGGUUUAUACAUCUGUUGUUAACUUCGGAUUCUGAUUCAUUAGUUUUGUGAAAUAUUUAGUUUAUUUGGACCAUAACUAUUCCAACUAAUCAACAAAAUGUCGAACUUAGUACAUGAAAAGAUUUGGUUGGACAAAAACAUCUAUGGUGAUGCUGAACGAAAUUAUUAUGAGUCUUUGUCUAAGGUCCAAGCUACUCCACUUUCAGUAGCUCGAUCUUCUUUGGCCAGCGAAGUUGCUAAAGCUAGACAACAUAUCAAAGAAUCUUUAGAAUGUAUGGACAGUGUCGCCACCUUGGCAGGAGUUCCUAACACAGAGCUGACUAACAAAGUCAACACUCUGGAGAAAGAAAACAGUGAUCUGAAGAAGGCAAUCAAUGAUUUACGCAACCUUGUAAUUAGCCUUCAAGUAAGAGUUGAAACUCUGGAAUCAACAGGUGGUGCCAAAACUCAAUCUUCUAAAGCACCAGCACCUACACCUGCUGCAGCACCUGCUAAAGCACAAGACGAUGAUGAUGAUGAUGGAGUUGACCUAUUUGGUUCUGAUGAUGAAGAAGAAAGUGCUGAAGCUGCAAGAAUAAGAGAGGAACGUCUUGCAGCAUAUAAUGCCAAAAAAGCCAAAAAGCCAGUUCUUAUCGCCAAAUCUAAUAUAAUUUUGGAUGUAAAACCUUGGGAUGAUGAAACUGAUAUGGCCGCUAUGGAGAAAGCUGUGAGGGAUAUUGCCACUGAUGGUCUUUUAUGGGGAGCAGCUAAGCUUGUACCAUUGGCAUAUGGAAUUCACAAGCUACAGAUAUCUUGCGUUGUUGAAGAUGACAAAGUUUCUGUUGAUUGGCUAACUGAAGAAAUUGAGAAACUUGAAGAUUUUGUUCAAAGUGUGGAUAUUGCAGCUUUUAAUAAAGUGUAAGAACUUAAAAAACACAAGAAUUUAAAAUUGAACUGAUGGAAUAAAUGUGCCUUUUUUAAUAUAUUUUUUUAAUUUAUUCAUAAAGUGAAGUCUUCAGUGAAUCUCAAAUAUGAAGUUCUAUACAUAGUUGUGUUGCUUUAUUGUUGUAAUGAGGACUAGAAUUCUAUCCAGUAGAAAUGGUUUUAGCAGUCAUCUAAACAUUAUCACGUUGCUAACACCCAUGUGAUGCGUUGACAAAACGCAGCUUAUAGAAAAAUAAUAAAAUCGAAGUAUUAAUGAAAUUAGAUACAUCUUAUAUGAUUAGAUCCCAAAUCGGUAAAACCCCAUAACUGAGUCUCCAC